AUGGCAAAAAAUCGUAGGCGCUGUCGCACCAAAUUCACAGAUGAUCAAUUGAAAAUCCUCAUCAAUGCCUUCAAUCAAAAACCUUAUCCAGGUUAUGCCACCACACAAAGACUUGCUUUACAAAUCAACACUGAAGAGUCAAGAAUCCAGAUAUGGUUUCAGAAUCGAAGAGCUAGGCACAGAUCCCAUAAGAAGCCAGAACAUGAAGAGGUUUCUGAAUCAAGCCAAAGCCAUGGACAAGGUCACCCUGGGAAGGAGAAUCAAAGAGGAGAAGGCAGACGAUGUCGCACCUGCUACACUGCCACUCAAUUACAGACUCUCAUCCAGGCAUUUAUAAAAAACCCUUACCCUGGGAUUGAAUGCAGAGAACAACUUGCUAAAGAAAUUGGGGUUCCAGAGUCAAGAGUCCAGAUUUGGUUUCAAAAUCGAAGAUCUAGAUUCCAUAUCAACAAACAAAAAAGAGAACCUGAUGAAUCUUUAGAACAAAACCAGGACAAGAUCUCUGAGGGAGUCCAAGGUAUAGAAGAUACUCAAAAUGGCACCAACCUCACUAGCAACUCUUCAUUCUCUGAAGCCAGAACACGGUUUUUCCCAGGAACCUUGAACCCAAACUGGGGCCUUGAACAAACAGGCACUGAUAAAGGUGGAACAUCCUUUCUCCUCUCGCUGUCCACCUGA